AUGGAACUAAUACUAUGCUUCGCCAUUCGAAACACCCCUGGUAGUGCCCAAGCUGGAACUGGUGCUUGGAAGAUCAAUGAGAUGAUAUUUCGAGAAAUGAUUUAUUUGGCUAUUGUCGAGCAUAGAAGGGUUAGGGAAGGUUUUCAGUAUGCCAACCCGAUCAUCAAGUUCUGGUAUAGGAACAUAGCAGUUGCAGAUGUUAUCUCUGUCUUACUGCUGACUCUUGAUGCUAACUGGAACCUUAGAGCUGAGAUCCUCUCUUUUUGCGCUUUUCGUCCACCCCAUUAUGGUCCUGCCAUUGCCAUGAAACUGAUGGAGCUGAUUAAAGAAUGGGGUUUGUAUAAGAAGGUCUUCACAAUAACCGUAGACAAUGCUUUCUCUAAUGACAACAUGCAAGGAGUUCUAAAGAGAUGUGCUGCACAUAUUCUGAACCUUAUUGUCCAAGAUGGAUUAGCUGUAAUAAGUGAGGCCUUGGAGAAGAUCAGGGACAGCGUUAAAUAUGUCAAGGUUACCGAGUCUAGAGAGCUGUUGUUUCAAGGCUGCGUGGAGACUGUUGGGAUUGUUAAGAAAGGGGGUUUAGUUUUAGAUGUUACUACAUGGUGGAACUCAACCUAUCUGAUGCUGUCUUGGGUUCUUUACUACAAAGAGGCAUUUAGGAACCUUGCAGAAAUCGAGACAAGUUACCAGAGUUUACCUACAGAGUCAAAGUGGUUAAGAACAGAGCUGAUUUGUGGUUUAUUACAUCCGUUUGAUCAGAUGACAAAUCUCAUUUCCGGCUCUUCUUACCCUACAUCGAAUCUGUACUUUAUGGAACUAUGGAAAAUUCAAAGUUGGUUGAGAUCAAACGAGUUCUGUGAAAAUGAAGUGAUUGGUGAAAUGGUGGCUUCAAUGAAGGUCAAAUUCGAUAAGUAUUGGACUGACUACAGCGAUAUUCUAGUCAUUGCAGCAGUGUUAGAUCCUAGUCUAAAGCUUAAGGUUUAG